AUGUCAGCAGUCGAUUACGGGUACGGAGACGCACCACCGGAUACGGCCACCGAUUAUGGCUAUGGAGACGCGGCACCCUCUACCGCCACCGAUUACGGUUACGGAGAUGCGGCACCCGCUGCUUCGACGGAUUAUGGCUAUGGCGAUGCCACUCCUGAUACUACGGACUAUGGUUACGGAGAUGCUACACCCAAUACGGGUGAUGCUUCCAAGUAUGGAUACGGCGACGACGGUGAUGCCCAAAAAGUUGGGUUAAAUGAUGAAGGUGGAGCCGCCCGACCUCGAAGCAACUCGUCGGACAAUGACAGUGGCGGCGCUGCGGCCGGUGGCGCACGACGUGGUGGCCGAUACCGCCGCCGAGGGUCCGUCACCAAGUAUUCCUUGGAUACGGCCGAUACCGUCAAGAAGGAAUACGACGAACACGAAGAUGUCAUCAACAAGUUUCGGAAUCAAACCAUAUCCGGUAAUGAUCCUGCUCCACCCGCUCCGGCAUCGGUCUUAGCACGUACUGGUUCUGGAGACAGUGGUGAAGCAGAUCCAAGCGAUCCGGAUGGCAAGAAGAAAAAGAAAGGGUUCAUGAAGGGACUGAGCUCACGAGUAAUGAAUUCUUAA